AAGUCUAAAAUUAGAAUUUUAUUACACAGAUGAAAAAGAGUGACUUUGGGAGCAAGUAAUAUACUCUCAGUCACACUGUACGGAGCAGAAAAAGCAAGAAACGCUUCGUUCUUGUAUGUCACCGGGCACAACACACAUUCUGAAAUCAGAAUCAGAAUAGCUCCGAAUGAUGGAUAAGGGUUAUCUCAAUGCGGCCAAAGGGGAAUCAUUUUCCUUUAUCAACAUUGUUGAUGGAAAAGAAGAGAUUCUUGUUGAUAGUGCUGGUGCGUGUAGCUCCAUAAACAGGGUCGAAUCCGCUGCUGUGAGAAGUAUUAUCAAUACGUGUUUCAAAGAGUGGCUUCUAUUGCAGCGCUCAAACGAGCAAGGGAAACCCAUUCAUAUAGUUGUAGUUUCUCCAUACACUGCCCAAGUUGAAUUGAUUAAGGAUGAACUUGCACAUGACCGCUAUGAUGACCACAACCAAUUUAUUGUCAAUGUGCAAACCAAGGAUGCUUGGCAGGGUGGAAAAGUGGACAUGGUUAUAUUUUCAACUGUAGGAACUCAUGGCAGCAGUAAUUCAGUGGACUCCAUCAAACACAUUGCUGUUACUACAAGUGCUAGCUUGUGGAUUUUGGGAAAUGAAAGGACUCUGGUAAGUCAGGCAAAUGUGGUCUGGCAAAAGUUGGUUGGUGAUGUCAAACAACGCGGAUGUUUCUUUUACGCUGAUGAAGACCACCAUUUGAAGAAAGCCAUCAUCGACUCAAAGACUCGACAAGAUCAUCAGCUUGAAGAUUUGCUUCAUGAUGAGAGUGUCCUGUUAAGAAAUACUAAAUGGAAGGUUAUUUUCUGUAAGAAUUUCCUUCAGUCAUUCAAGAAUUUGAGGUCAACGCGUGAAAAGAAGUCAGUCAUUAUUCUUUUAGAAAAACUUUCAAUUGGAUGGAGACCGGAAAUGAAGAAGACAGAGAAAAAGGAUAUGUUAAGACAAGCCAAGUUAGAAGGCAUGCACAUGUUAUUUUCAAAUGACAUAGUGCUGAAAGAUAACUUCUACACCCAAGUUCUGAAAGUAUGGGAUAUACUUCCUCAAGAUCAGAGCCCUCAACUAGUGAAGCGCCUGAAAGAUUUUUUUGAUGCAUACACAGAUGAUUUUAGAAGACGCUGCACUGAGAUACGUACUGGCAAAGAUGUCAGACCAUCUGCGUCCAUCAUCUAUCCAGAAGUUGAAGUCCCUGUUACUUGGGGUAGAGCAAAAACAUAUAUUGAGCCCUUUAAGGAGAGAAUUCAAGCAGAAAUGAGCGACAUGGCAAUGACUGUGCUUGGCCUCACAUUAUCCGAGAGCAAUCCGUUGGAUCUUCCCUUUCAACUUUCAGAUGAACAGCAAGAAGUAGUUUCCUUUCCAAGAAGUACAUUUGUACUUGGCCGGUCUGGUACGGGGAAAACAACAGUUUUGACCACCAAGCUACUCCAAAUGGAGAAGAAUUUUAAGACGAGUGGCAAACAUACAUUGUUACGCCAAUUAUUUGUCACAGUCAGUCCCAGGCUUUGUCAAGCGAUUAAAGGUCAAAUUGUUCGAUUGCAAAGAUCAAUAUUUGGUGAUAACAGUUUUGUUGAGGAAGAUGAUGGCUUUGAUGCAGCAGAUGAUCAGUUCAAGAAUCUACCAGAUUCUUUUGUUACUCUUCCAGCCAACCAGUACCCGCUAGUGAUAACAUUUGACAAAUUCAUAAGGAUGCUUGAUGGGACAGUGGCAGUUUCCUAUUUUGAGAGAUUUAGUAGUCAGCCUGUAAACCGCUCUGAUUUAGAGAGCAUCAUAAGGGAAAAGCAAGUUUCAACAGAGAGAAAAGAGAGACCAUAUAUGGGAUUUAUUAGAAAUAUGAAGAAUUGA